GAUUGUAGAGAAAGUGGAUCUUUAAGGUUGCAAGAAUGGAAGCUAGUGGCUCAAAAUCUAAUGCGGUUUAUUCUGAAAGAGAAGAAGAGGAACGUUCUGGUUCGAAAUUAUUGGCGCCUUCCACCAAUCAUUCCAAAGGUUCACCUCACUCCGAGAAAGCAAGGUAUGCACCUUUCUUUACGUUUAUUUCUAGUGCAAAAAAAACUCUCGGGUCAAAACUGGAAUAUGCGAAAGACUUGGUGAAAAAGGACGGAGACCUAGUUGCUGAAGGUGAAGACUUGUCUGGUUCUCCUCAAAGGAAUACCGCCAAAUUUGACGUUGCUUCUUGUCAGAUCAGACGCUCCAAGUCAGUAGAAGGAUUUCCUUUAUGGUCAGAUUCCUUCAAGCUCUUGAGACAGUUUCGGAUUACUGGAGGUCAUCCUCUAUAUGCGUUUUGUCAACGUAACACGGGAAAUAUAUUCUUCAUCACUUCCAAAACUAUCGAAACCUUUGACAGUUAUUGCAACAAGAUCCUUGAUAUUCGUUUACCUGUUGCUUGGGAAGAUCCUUCGAUAGUUGCGGAGAGUGCUGACGAUGUCAAAGCGCCCAAAAGAUUUACACAUGUUGGUGGUAUUGGUGGUCCUCAGGUUAUACCAGCUAUCACGGCGUGCUAUAUCGAACAUUUAGACGAAGUUGUUGUUGCACAUGAGGACGGCUCACUUCGUUCAUAUUGCUGUAGUAGUGGCAGCAUGGGUGUGGAGAGUAGAAACUCUUGUCUUGCGACUUUUAGGUCAAAAGACAGUUCACGUAGUUCUGUAGAAAAGAGAAGUCAACUACCAAGUUCUCAACGAAGUGUCUCUAUCAGUUUUUAUAAGGAUUUUCUCAUCAGUGGUUGUGCUGAUGGUUGCAUUAGAAUUUGGCAUUUUGAUGCUGUCGAAGACGCAGAGGGAAAGGCAAUGGAUACCAUUCUUCUUACUGAAACAUAUGAACCGAGUUUAGGAAACCUUCCUUUAAUGUUGAAGCCAACCAUAACAGCCGUUUCGGUCGCUUCUCUUCCGAAUGAAAUGUUGUCAUCAGAUGGCUUACAUGAUGCAGCUGUUGCUGUUUUCUAUGCCAAUGCAGAAGCACACUCAGGACCUGUUACUGGCCUAGCCACUUUAUUGGAUGGCCUGAUUUUGUUGAGUGUUGGGCGUGAUAGUAUGCUAUCAGUGACGGAAACCAUUAGUGGACGUUGUAUGGCAAGAAAACGUUUACAUUAUGUUCCCACCGUUUUGUUUCAUUUGAAGGAUAUAGAUAUUUCAUCAGAAGAUGAUGUGGUGAAAAGGCAAGAUUUGCAUUUUCUAGUGGGGGGUUCGGAAGGCCAGGUUGACCUUUAUCGUCUUGUGGUAAUGUCACUUUCAAGACUAGAGUUUCAACUUGUUCGAAAACUUCAUGAGCGCUCCAAAAAUAGACGAGCGGCAGUAAGCAGUAUAGUUGCGGAUCUUGAUGCAUUAUUGAUCAUAGCAACUUUUUCCGAUAAAAUUGUUCGAAUGUGGAGAAUCACUGAGAUAGACAGUGCUAUGCUUCGUAUGCAAGCCCCGCCAGAAACAUCAAAUCCUGCUGUCGCGUGCUUUGAAGGUCCUCAAUCGUGCUUUACUAGAGACAAUGUUGUUUCUAUUUUGGAACUCAUUCCUUUCCGUACUCGCCUAGCUUUGUACGAUGGAUUGAUUGAGGCUCAGAGAGUUUUGGCUUUAGCUUUACAGGAUUCUGUUGGGUUGUCAGAACAAGCAAAGGACAGUGUUGUGUCUGAUUUCGAACGUAUCCAAACGCACUUUCAACAACGAGCAGAAAGAUUGGACAGCGAGCUACAAAUAAAGCUGGAGAGAACUCGCCAUCGCUACUAUCACUGUUUAAUAGAGGAUAACUCGAAGGAAGAAGGUUUGUUUGAUUUUCAUGACGUAGAAAAACGGAAGUUGUUCUGUUCGGUAUUAUCCAACACCGGAAAGGAACUUGCUGCUUUUGAAGUGAACUGGGCUCUGUCCAAACAUCAUCUUUACCUUGAAGGUCUCUGUCGAGAACUAUCUCUUCAGCUUCGUGCUAGUCUCGUGAAUAUUUUGCAAAAGGCUAACACUCAAGGGGCAAAGGAGGUCUUGGAGAAUUUUCCUUCCCUUGGGAUUUCGGAGUAAUAGAAAUUUCAAAUAUAUAUAGUUCUGAUAAGCUUAUUAUUUGUGAAAUUGGUUACUUGUGACUUGAAAGUAAAAAUGAGAUAUAAAAA